UAUAAAAGCUCGUAAUCUUGGAACUCCACAAACUAACGUUCCUGAUAAUAACCCCAUCAAGACAUCCGUCGGCUGUCUCUAGUGCUACUUGCUGCAUAACUUUCUUUUUGGUUCUUGAAAAGAUACUAGUAGUAAAAAGCUGGUGUAGCUGCCGCUCGUAGCGCCAUAGUCGAGGGCCGGUCGGCGUCAAGUUGCCGUCGCGCCGACCGGGCGGUAAACGCUGCUCGCCCGAGCGUUAGUUUCUAGCCGCAGCAAGGAUGUCGUCCGAUAAGGAAUGGAUGUUUUGCCCCACGUCGGGGUAUCUCCUCAGUCUGGACUCCAAGCGUCAAGUGGCAGCAUGCCCUGUGUCUGGCUACGAGCGCAGCCUGGCAGAGCUCUCCUCCGUCAAGGUGGUGCUGCGCACCGACAUGGAGGACUACCGCCGCCGCUUCGCGCUGGAGCCGCUGGUGAAGAGCAUCGAGGAGCAGGAGCUGCUCAAGGGGCGCAAGCGAGCCACGGUGGACGAGCCCUGCCCCAAGUGCAACCACCGCCAGCUGGAGUACUACACCAUGCAGCUGCGCUCCGCAGAUGAGGGGCAGACGGUCUUCUACGAGUGCAGGAACUGCGGGCACAAGUACUCGCAAAACACGUAAUGCAGCAAGGGACAGCCCCUUCCCCUUUCGCGCCAUGGGGUACCUGCGGCGGUGGAGGCGGCGGUUAUGGUGGGCAGCGCGCGCACCCUCCGCCGUACGUCAGAUGGAAACGGAGGCGGAGGCUGCAGAGAGGGCUGCAUGGCCCGAAUGCGUUCAUUGAAGUGCGCGGAUGGAGGCAGGAGGAUUUGGGAAGGAUCGUUGGGCCGGCUAAGCACCGGCGCGCCGGCGGGAGCAGACCUGCAUGGUGUGAGGCACGUUUGGUGGCGGGGCCGCAGGGGUUCCGCAGAAAGGAGGAAAAGCGGCCUGUUGAGAGUCCAGGUUCAUGUGGACAAAGGGUGGCUGUAUUUUACGGACGCAGCUAUAGCUAGCACGAGAUGGGGCGUGUCUGGAGUAACGAACUUUGGGCUGAGGGUUUCUUUCUUAUACGUAGUUACGGCAGGGAAGCAAGUGCAAUGUAGACUCCUCUACCACAGCAUGGGCUUGCUUAGGACUGUCAAUAGCGAUGGUAGUCGGAAGGCUGUAAUGGCUCAUGCAGGCGCUAAUCCUGCCAGCAGUUGUCUUCCUAUGCCAACUUGCGGAGGUCGCAGGCGUGUUAGUCAUGAUCCCUGCCGCUAAUGCCCCUUGGGCCUGUUGUUCAAGCAAACAACAGUG